AUGGCGAUCAGUACACAUGACACAGCUACCCAAACAGAACCGGCGCUUUUCUACGAGGUCUCUACCAGUUGUGGUGAAGCCAAAUCAAAGGAUCCCAGCGGCGAAGCCAAUUUCCAGAACCAACCGCCGUCCGCAGAGACGCUACAACAAGUGGCAAGACACAGGGUCCUCGAUCGGCUUGGUAAGGCACAUCGUUUCAAGGAUCUUUACGAUGGGCCGGAUACCGCUGACCGGGUGCUUGUGAUUUUCGUGCGACAUUUCUUCUGUGGGAGCUGCCAAGAAUAUCUCCGGUCUCUUUUGCAGGUCAUCAACCCUGACUUCCUCUCCCGCCUGCCGGUUAGUACAUCCAUUGCCGUCAUCGGCUGCGGGGAUCCUGGCUUAAUCGAUAUAUACGCCUCCAAAUCGGGGUGUGACUUCCCUAUUUACGCGGAUCCGACGCGAAAGCUCUACACUGAUCUCGGAAUGACCACUUCGCUGGCCCUCGGCCCGCGCCCAGAGUACAUGCGCAAGGGUAUGGUUCGUAUUGUCAUGGAGUCAAUCUGGCAAUGCCUGAAGCAGAUUCCCAGUGGACUAGCCGGCAAGGGAGGUGACUCGAGGCAAAUUGGCGGGGAAUUCCUCUUCGAGGCCAGUCAUGACACCGAGGGAAAGACUGUUACGUGGUGCCACAGAAUGAAAACCACGCGAGACCACACGGAAAUACCAGCGCUAGCCCAGGUCCUCAAUCCCCAGUCCAAGCAUUGA